CAUGAGAAAGCUAAGUGCAGCGCAGAAAAUCUGGCAACGAGAAGUCCUGAGCUACUCAGGCCGGCCUUAAAUGUGUGGCCGCGCCGUCACCUGUCAGAAGCCCAUAGACAUCUACCUUGAAGCAGCUCACCACAGCCUACAGGUUACGGUGACACAUAGGAGUUUGCUGACGUGCAUUGCUGUAGUGUAUCUGUUGCCGCCCCGCCCCGCCCCGCAGGCACCAAGGACAGGCAAGCAAUGGGGAAGCUUGGGGCAGACAUGAUCAUGGUGGCACUACUGGCGACCGUCGCAGUGGCGGCCCUGGCGAUGCCGCAGUCCACCAUCAAGCCCUUCAGAGCCGAGGAGUACUGGAAUGACGAACGCCAACUUUCAGACAACACAAAGCAGCUUCCCGAAUCAAACAUUACUUUACCUAACAGAGUGACGAAAUCGGACGUUGCUUCAUAUAAGAGCACAAAGGAAAUGGUCAUUACUUUACCUAACAUCACAGUGGAAGCGCCCUCCAUGAGAAGAUCAACAUUUGACUUCUUCUUCCAAACCUAUCCCUUUGAGACCACUUCUACUCCACCCCCUCCCUAUUCCACUGAUUUCCAUAAGGAGUAGACAACUUCGUGCCCUUCAAGACGCACCACGCCGCAGGGCUCACCACUGACCAGUGACCCUUGACCCCUGACCACGCUGGAACAUCUUACAGUUUACAGUUGACACCUUCAAGGAAGACAGACGCUUUCACUGCAUGUGUUGUGUUGCUGACGCCAAAAUCUGCAUGGCCAGUGCCUCGCAUCGCUUCACACUGCAGUGAAGCAACAACUACUUGAACCUCGUAACAAUUCUUUCAGUUAAUUUUUUCACACAAUGUAAUUGUUUUCGUUUUGUCAAAAUUGUAUUAAAAGUUUCUUGCUUAUGUACUGCACCACGUAUAGAAUGAUCUAGAGUUGCAUGAAUUCACGAUACGACAGUAUGUCUGUAUGAAUCAUUUGGCCAAACAAUAAAUUGAGCAUGUCA